CAGAGUUUUUGCUGUUGUAUGUGAAAUAAUCGUUACGAGACCAUGCAUAAUGAUUUUGAUAAUUGAACCUGUAGAAAGCAAUACCAAGUGGUCGCAACAUGCUAUAGGUAUACAUGUUCCGCAUAGUUGAUCAUACUUAUUAUUCUUGCCUACAGGAAUUAUUCACCGUGUCCACGGAAACUUUUCAUUUUGACCAACCGAACUUAUGGUAUUUUAUCUACCUCUACUGGAUGGUGAUAGUUGAGUGCAUUCUGCAAUCACCCCAACAAGAGAGACACGACACACACAUUAAAGUAGGAAUUACUACACUGGUGCGGAUUCAGCAACGGCCGGGUUUAAUGAGAAGUCCGCAUCCGCCGAACUUGCAUUUUUUGCGGCACCAAGUUAUGGUUUUUUUGAAAAGUGACUUCACUCCUUGUUUGAGGAAUUAUUUGUAGAGUAAGUGCAUUGGUCGUCCCUUGUAACACUACUACCGUAUUGUUGUGGCUUGGGGCGGAAAUUUGGUAUGGCACAUAUGCACACGUUCAACAAGUAGUCCGCAAGGAAAAACUCACACUUUUUCUUUGGAUCCUAAGAACGAAGAAGUGGGUAGCUGACCUACUCGUUGGAGGUUAUGGAAUCUCAGUAGCGC